UUUUUUCCAAACGCUUUUGUUCUUCGAAACACCCUUUUCAAAUCAAAUUAGUCUCAUUCUUGUAUAAGAAAGCAAGCUGGAAUCCACCUGCUCGCUUGUUACAAGCUUGCUCUGAUUAAUAUACACUACUCCUUUUGACAUAAUUGCUUACAAGAUCAGUAGACCAGUCUAGCAAUCAUGAAGAUUAAAAAGACGCCUUCUAAAAAGCUGACCCCACCCCCCAAACGCCUACGCGAUUUGAUCAAGCAGCUAACUGACUGCGACGAGAGCGACAUACCUACAUAUACCGCAUCGCUUCCCGAAUGGUCGUUUCCACGUGGCGAUCUGUUUCUUUGGAUACCCGUCCUGAAUCGCUUUGACAGCAUUUUAGAACGCAUUUGCACCGAAUAUAAUCUCGAUAAAAUACAAGAAAGGGAAUUUGAUAACCCAACCAAAGUUAUCAUCAUUUCGAUCGUUCACUUCACUCGUCUCUUGAUCGAAAGCUGUACAAAUAGGAACAUAUACAACUCAUACGAGCAUUUGAACAAACUACUCAACACCAUCGACCUUGAUGUUUUGGAAGCAGUUCUGCGUUUGAUUUUAAGACCAGCUCAGCGCAUGAGCAGCCAACGGAACAUUCGAUCUGGGUUCUCUUUGUCGCACGAUAAAAUAACAGAGUUGGCUCGUGGAUGGCAUUUUUCAAAGCCUCUUGGAAACCUCGAUCUGUUGUCACUGUGUGAUGAUGACUUACAAGUAACACCUGAGAUGGCAACGGUCCGAUUGCAGUUCUUUCGAACCGCAGAUGCGAAACAGAAGGAUAGCAAACCUCUGGAAGAAAGCACAGCGCCAACUACAGACGAACCCUCUAAUGAGGAAGGUGUUAUUGUCAUUACUGCUCAGAUGUCGAAAGAUUCUACCACCUCGGAAACCGACGAAUUUAAGCGACUGGUUGAAGAGCAUGCCAUACCAGCAGAAUAUCAUUUUGAGCUAGCCCAUCGUAUUCGCAUUGCCAAGCGCCUUUACCAACCCGAAUUACGGAAGCGGUUAUUGGCUAUUCGGCUGUUGUCCAUUGCCAUCAUGUCACAUACCGUAUCUGAAGCCAUGGCUCAAAACCGUGUCUUUAUGUAUGAACCCAGUCUGAUCAACAACUUGGCAGACCUCAUUCAUCCAGAAAAGAAUGCUCCAUUGACUGUUCAAGCCGCUGCAUUGUACGCAUUAGAUGCCAUAGCAAGACACAGAAGCAAGCUGAGUGAAGUGCUAACCGCUGCCAAUGCUUCUGCAAACCAUGGAACUCUACUUUACAUCUUGAGGAAGGUGACCGUUGCCAUGGAUAGCGAUGAUGCCUAUUACCCACAAGACUUUUUGGACGCCUUGUUUGCUUUUGUGACAUAUCUGAUUCAAACACAAAGCGGUGGCCAGAUGCUUAUGUCCGCUGGCAUCAUUCCCACUCUAUUGACCAUUCUUGGAAACAAGAAGAUCAAUCAGUUAAAGAAUGUGACAAAGUCAGUUGGUUUACUGGAUAGCAUUGUUUAUGGAUUUGCUGCCUCGUUCUCUGCAUUCUGCAACGCUGGCGGUUUAGAUAGUCUUGUCAGUCGUAUCAAGAUUGAAGUAGACUAUUGUACAGAAUUAGCAGCAUCGCGUAAGAAGGACUCCAUGGAAGAUGUGCAAGAUCAAAACGACGAAGAAACUUGCACCCCAGAAGAAGCUGCCGUCGAUGAAAUUAAUAAUGCUGCGGCUCCUCAUGAAAGGACGGCUUUGCUCAAGGCCAUGUUCAAAUUCGUUCUACACAUGAUGGAAUCCUCCGGUACCGCUGACGGUCUUCGAAACUUGAUUGACUCAUCACUUCCCCUGUCUUUGAAGUCUGUGGUUGAGCAGCCACAGGUCUUUGGUAACAGCGUAUUUGCUCUUGCCAUCAACGUGAUGUCAACCUUCAUUCAUAACGAACCUACCUCUCUGCCUAUCUUGCAAGAGGCUAAGCUCCCACAAAGCUUCUUAAGUACCAUUACAGAAUACACCACCGUAUCAACAGAUGUUCUUCUUGCUGCUUCCAAUGCAUUUGGUGCCAUCUGUUUAAAUGCACCUGGCCUUGAAAUGUUCAACAGUGCAAAGCCCAUCCAUCAUUUCUUCAAUCUCUUCACAUCACCUCAGUUUUUGCGAGCGAAUGGUGAGCUCGAUGUAGCAACAUUGCUCGGUACAGCCAUGGACGAGCUUAUGCGUCAUCAUCCUGUAUUGAAGCCCGAUGUCAUCCAGGCUGUCAUUGAUAUGGCGAAGCGUGUCAUUGAGAUGGGUCAUCAGGAAAUUGGCAAACCUGCUGAUGAUAGCCAUUUGCUACGAGCCGCCAAACCUGGAGAACCCGAAAAACCAGCAAGCGCCGUCAUGGAAUCCACUGAGUCAGAGGACGCUACCAAGAGUUCUGCAGACCCUAAACCUACGGAUGCUGUACCUGACGAUAAAGACAAGAAGGAUUGUGUCUUGGUGUCUUUUAUCGAUGUUGUGGCCAGAUUCCUUGAAGGCUUGUUUCAGAAUAAUGCCCACUGCAGAGACUUCACAUCAGAAGGCGGCUUGGAGAUUCUUUUGGACAUUUAUUCUUUGCCUAUGUUGCCCGGUGAUUUUGCUGUAUCCAUAGCAUCUGAUUCGUUAUCCUACCUCUUCCGAUUGAUCAGUGAAGUCAACUCUGCCACAACGAUUAAGAUCAUCCUUAAGCGCCUGCGAGUGGCUUUGGAGAAUGCCUCCGACUUCCUGGAUAAUGAUUCACCAAAAAGCAUGAUUGUUGACUUUAUUGACCUCAAAGAAACGGAGCCAGCAGAAAUUGAUCGCGCCAACAAGAUGUUCCGAAAGCUUGUUGAAUUGCAUGGGUUCAGCACUUUGCUCUCCAACAUUUGUACAUCUCCCGUCUUUUCACAUGGAAAGAAUGGCGUUGCUAUUGUGCAAGAAUUUGUGUCGCAAACAGAAGAGCCCAAUAUUUUGUUGCUGCUUGGCAAGCUUCACCGAUCUGCUGCUUUUGAGAACUUCCUUCUUCGUAGUGCAGUGCCAAAGGCUUGGUAUAGCUUGAAGAAUUUACAAAAGAAAGCCUCUGCUACUGCAAACGACCACCCACUCGGCAUUAGCGGCUUUGGUCUGAGUAACACCGACCUCACCAGUGAAGCGUCAUCCACUCCAACUGUUGACAAGCAACCCACCGCUGAACCUGGUAAUCGACGUAUGGAGCCUACAGAAACUCGAUUGCAUAAUACCAAUCAGUUCCGAAAUGUUCUUACCGAUAUGUGCGCAUGUUUGAUGCCCAUUUUCCAAGGUCUCACCAAGAUGUCUGUUACACGUCGACUUAUGGACAAUGAUCAAAAGAAGGAAGCUUUCAAAUUGGCUGAAUUGAUGUCUACCGUUAUCAAGGAAAAUAUCACAUUUGAGAGGAUAUACAAGGCAUCUGAAUCAUGCCGCUAUAGCUACAUUGCAUCCAUGACUACAAUGACAUCCUUACUGCUCAUGGACGAUCGCUCCCAGCCUGUCUUGCAGACUGUUUUGGUAGUCACUUUCGAUCGACAAAACGGACCUCGGUGCUUUUUCGAUACACUUAAGGUGCUUUGGACAGAAGCAACAAAGCUGGUUGAGAUCCCAGAAAGUGAACGCAGCGAAGAUCAAAAAGACAAGCAGAAAGAAUUAGAGCGCGGUAUCGAAACCAUUCUCAAUAUCAUGUCACAGCUUGGCUCUUCGAAAUACUUGCAUGAUUCUCCUUACACUGGCUCAAUCGCCUCCAAGGAAAAAGAUCGCACGAGUCCCAAUUAUUUCAAUCCACAUGAAUGGUUGAUUUCUAUGCGCCUGCAAUUACUUCCCAUACUUCGAGAACUUUGGAAUACACCCAAUAUGAAAAAGUUUCCCAAGGGUGUUGUGCGAGACAUCAUCAAGAAUAUGGUACAGCUCAUCAAAGGUGACGGCGAGUCUGAUAUACAGUCUACUUCACUUUCCAUUGGCCCUGCGAGCUCCAACGUCCGCCUCACCUCCUCUAUAUUCGCACCUCCACGAUCAACGCCUGUUGCCGAUGAGACUCACAUUCAGACUCUCAUCGAUAUGGGUUUUGAACGAGCAUCAGCAGAACAAGCCCUGAUUCGUUGCAACAAUCAGAUUUCUCGAGCCAUUGAUUAUUUGUUCAGUCACCCUCAGCCAUUCUUGAACACUGGUGCGAACGCCAUCACCUCCGAACGUAGUCGUCGUAUAGGCAGCCAAGCUACCGAUAGUCAGGCUGCUCCAUCCGACGGUGAAGGAGAGAAUCAAGACAAUGAUGAGCAUGAAGAUGACGAUGAUGAGCACGACGACGUCGAUGAUUCAGAUGAAGAAGACGACGACGACGACGAUGAUGAUGAAGAAGUGGAUGGGGCUGAAAUUCUUCAAAGAGCACUCCGUAUGUCUAUGGAAACACCAGAAAGAAACAGCGACCUUGACACUGACGAAGACGAUGAUGCCCCGUUCCGAUCUGAGGAUGAACAAGACGAUGAAACCACACAAGCUGCAGCACAAAAGUUGAAGGAAGAACAAGAAGCUCGCAUCGAAGAACUGGCUGUGCAGAGAAAACAGUUACGUGAUGAGAUUGCUGCCAAGAUCAUAUCACUUCUUGAUAGUCGUGAAGACAUCAUCUUCGAAAUCAAGGACCUUUGUCUUGUGGUUCAUAAAUUCAGCGGCUCAGACGGCAUUGUUGAAGAACUUGCAAAGUACGUUGAGCAGAAUCAAGAUCUCGAUUAUGAACAAUCUGACGCCAGCGAGAGAAUGCGUACCACUUUGCGUCUGCUCGCUUUGCUCUUCCGUGAAAACACCAUGCAUGCCGCUUUGGACAGUUUCGCCCCUAAACUCAUUCCCGUCCUCCUAAAGAUGUUUGAGAGUGUUUCCAACUUGGAAGCCGACAAGCCUUUGCCAUCCUGGCUUGCUGCCCUCUGUCUUGUUCUGGAAGUGCUCAUCGCAGCACAAGAAGAACCUCGCAGUGUCCCACUGGAGACAGACCGUCAAGCUGCCUUGAAGAAGGAGAUUGAAGCUGGCAAGAGCUUAAAGGAGGCUGAAGCUGCUGUACCGAAAGAUACAGAAGUGGAGAUGGAUACUGACGAAACAGCUACUCUGGAUGCUCAACGUGUCACGAUGCUGACAGCGUGUGUGAAGUUAUUACAUCAACCUAAUCCUGCCAAGGAUGAUUUACAUGCUAUCCUUCGAAUCCUGGUCAGAGUUACGCGGAACCAUGAAACCGCUUCCAGCUUUGUUCAGCAAGGUGGUCUACAACUUCUUUUGGAACUUCCAAGACAUGGCCUGGAUGGAUUCAGAGGUCAACAAGCUUUUAUCAUCAUUAUCCUUCGCAAUAUCAUUGAAGACUUGGAUGUCAUUGAAGAGACUAUGAAAGACCUAAUUACCACCUGGUUCACCAUACCUAGACCACGCCUAGUAGACAUUGCUACCUUUGUUCGUACCAAUGGACAUGUUGCCCUUCGACAGCCCAAUGUCUUCAUCAAGGUCGUAGAGCGCAUUUGUCGUUUGACCAAGUAUGACCCUACCGGGCGCUCUCAACAAAUUGGACUGGCCCCAAAGACAGAUGACAAAGAAGCAACUGAAACAGCCAAAGACGCCUCUGGCGAUGUCGAGAUGACCACCAGCGAGCCAACAGAAGCUGACGUUGCUCAAGCUGCAGCUGCUGCUCAAGAAAGAAAAGCGAAAUGCGCAGAGCUUGUCAUCAACCACCUUGUUACAGAGUUGAUGAAUGUUCGUGUUCAAAUGUUCGAACCUGUGAAAAUGGACGAAGAGGAAACCGAAGAAAACAAAGAAGAACUCGAGAAGAAGCGAACUUCCAUUGUGAAUGGAAGAUACGUGUACGCUGGUUUCCUUCUGCAAUGUCUAGUGGAAUUGGUGUCAUCCUAUCCCAGCUGCAAGUACUAUGUCAUCAAGCACCACCUCCGCCGAAACAGCAAAGAUGGCUCUACAUCAUCCUCUGCUAAAUGGAGAGACAAUGGGUUUAUCAACAUGUUGUUGAAUGAUUUCUUACCUUAUGGGCAACUGAACCCAACGGAAGAUAGCAGCCGCCUGAAAUACAGUUUGUCUACCUGGACUGCUUCUGUGCUGGUUGCCAUGUGCUACGACAACGCAAGCCAAAAUGAAGGACAAGAACCUCAGAAAUCAGAUCUUUCCGUUGUUCGUAAAUCUGUCCUGGAUGGCAUUCUACGAAGUUUCAAGGAAGCUAUUUCUUCCACUGAUGCUAUUUCUGUACAGUAUGGAAAAUAUCUUGCCUUUGCCGAUUUGUGUCAUCGCAUUUUGAACGCUUCACCCAACUCUGGCGGCCCGCUUCAAAAGCCCAAAGAAGACACUCCUAUCAACAUUGCCAAAAUCAUGUUGGACAAGGGGUUUGUCGCCGUUCUCACCAAUGCUGUCAGUGAUGUUGAUGUUAACUAUCCACAUGCGAAAACAGUUUUGAAUGCACUUUUGCGUCCGCUGGAACAACUCACCAAGAUCGCUAUCAAGAUUGAGCGAACAGAUGAGCCAUCUAAAGACGAUAAGAAGGCUGCUGAGGAAGAUCAUCACGCUGAAUUUGUUGCGGUACCAGAUUCUGUUGCUGAUGAAGAAGACGAAGCACCCGAUCUCUAUAGAAACUCUGCAUUGGGCAUGUACGAUGGCUCUGUGAUGGAAGAAGAAGACGAUGAUGAAAUGGAAUCUGACGAUGAUGAAGACGGAUUCGACGAAGAUGAGUUUGAUCAAGACAAUGACAGCGACCUCAGCGAAAUGAGUGACCUUAGCGAUGAUGAAGACGAUGAUGAUGAUGAUAUCGAAGACGAAGACAUGAUGCAUCGACAUCAUUAUCACUCUGGCAUGGAAGAUGACGAGGAUGAAAUGGACGAAGAUGACGAUGCCGAAAUGAUUUCUGACGACGAAGCCGAGGAGAUCAUUGAUGAUGAUGAAGACGUUGACGACUCGGAUGACGAUGAAGAAGGUGGCAAUCGUGAAAUGACCUGGCACCUGGAAGACAUUACCGAUCAAAACGAGCCUAUUAUUCGUUUGCAUACUGAACUCGAUGAUGAUGACCACGAACAUCAUCACCAUCACAGACGACAUGCCGAUCCAUUUGAUGAGGAUCAGGAAGAUGAUUUAAACACGCUUGACACAUCUGACUUUGAUGAGGAUGACGAGUCUGAAAAUGUGGACGACGAUGAUAUCGAAGCAGAAAUUACUGAAGGUGUUUUCGAUGACGAUAUUUUGGAAAAUCCUUUCCUUGUUCCCCAUGAAUUGGACGACGGUAUUGCUGGAGCUGAGACAGAUGGCUGGGCACGUGCCAGUCGUUCUCUAGGCACUCAUCGUCGACAUGCUCGUGGUCUUCAUUCUAUCGCCAGACGAGGCGGUUGGGAAACCUCUAUGCCGCCCAUCCAAUUAGAAGCUGUCACUGGGCGAGGUGUAGAUCGCGCACCAUUAUUCGACAUGGGCUCCGUUCAAGUGGUUGGCCGUUCAUUCCGUGACCACCCUGGCGGCGGCUCGGGUGGCAACAAUGAUGAAAUUGUCACGCAUCCUUUGCUUGCCAAUCGACCAGGAGGCUCCUCCGGCUUUGGGGACUCUGAUACCCAACGAGGUCGUCGCAGCCAUGGAUUCAGUAACCUUCAGGCAUUUGAAGACAUUUUGGGUGGCAGCGCUGUUCAAGUCCUAGAGAAUUUGCUCAACAACCGUGCCGGUGGAGGAGGUUCAGGCGGUGCUUACCGAGUCGAUGUCUAUAAUAAUGGUACCGGCCAAGUCACCAGCAGCUUUGAACUUGACCGCAUGCCUGGAUCCUCUGGUCCUGCAUCAGGUAAUCAGCGUGGACAGCAUUCUGCCCAGGAAACCGAAGCGUGGUCUGCUCUCCAAGAUUUCCAACCCUUGAAUUCCUCAGAACGCUGGUUGCAAGAAGGAAGAAUGUUGUAUGGCUCAGCGCUUACUGACAAGGCUGGAAAGUUGUUCAAUGCUAUUUCCAACGCUCUCAUUCCUCAUGCUAUUGAAGAUGACAAGCGAAAGCGUGUUGCUGAAGAAGAAGCCAGAGCAGAACAACGGCGCAAGGAAGAGGAAGAGCGCCGUAAGGCUGAAGAAGAACAAAAGCGCAAGGAGGAGGAAGAGCGCAAGUUGAAGGCAGAGGAAGCCAAGGCUGCUGCUGAAGCGUCGGCUUCAGGCACUGAACCCGCUUCUGAAGAAUCACCUGCCGCUCAAGCACCUGCACCUCAAGAAAAAUCAGAACCCAGUCAACCGCCAACUACCAUCAUGAUCAAUGGUGAAGAAGUGGAUAUUUCUGGUACCGGUAUUGAUAUUGAGUUCUUGGAAGCUUUGCCUGACGAUCUUCGUCGCGAAGUUGUCAAUCAGCAUAUACAAGAGCGCCAGCCUCCUGCCCCAACAACAGAGACAGAAUCCAUCAGCCCUGAAUUCUUGAAUGCCUUACCACCGGAAAUUCGUGAGGAAGUACUUCAGCAAGAGGCGAUUGAACGUGAGCGCCGAGAAAGACAACGUCAACAGGGCAUCACCAGCACUCAGGCUAGCACGGCUGGUACAAGCACUACCAAUCUUUUGACACCUUUGGAUGCAUUUGCCAACGAAUUUGAAGCUCUACUCAACUCUAGCGGCUCUAAUGCGGAUACCAGUGCUUUCCAAACGCGUCUCAUUCGCAGAUCCCCCGGUCGCUUGCCUCAUAGUCCAAUAGCUGCCGCAGCCACUCAGACCAAGACCAGUCACCGAAAAGAUGUGAUUCAAUUAGUUGACCGGGCACAGCUUGCUACGCUUGUUCGACUUUUGUUUGUUCCUCAGGCUAUUUCCAAAGGAUUGCUCAACAAGUUACUCUUGAAUCUUUGUGAAAAUAGUAAGAGUAGAGGCGACUUGCUGUCCCUUCUCAUUUGUAUUCUUCAAGAUGGCAGUGCUGAUUUGGCUGCAGUCGAUCGAAGCUUUGCUCAACUUUCUUUGCAAUCCAAGAGCUCGGUCAAGGUUCAAAAAGCAAAGGCCAACUCAGCUUCGGCCACCACCGUUGCUGGAGAAAGCGUUCCCAACCUGGUUACGCAGCGCUGCUUAGAAGCUCUCAUCUAUAUUGUGUCUUGUAACAGCCAUACUCUGACGUAUUUCUUGACUGAAAAUGACCAUCUUUCGACCAUGAAGAAGGUGAAUGUCAAGAAAACGAAAGGAAAAGAGAAGGAUAAGCAUGCCCUCAGCAAGUAUCCUAUCGUAGUUCUCAUGAGCCUGCUUGACCGUCCUGUGUUCACUUCGAACUCUGGUCUAAUGGAACAACUCAUGCAUUUCUUGGCGACUAUUUGCCGACCACUUCCAGCUUUGGUCAAGAAGACCGAGGAAAAAGAAGAAAGCAAAAACAAACCAGUACCAGCUGCUGCUGAGGAGCAGUCGAAGGACAAGACUACUGCUGGUGAUGCUCAACCCCCCACCAAACCUGAGGAAUCCGCAAAGACUGAAGGCCACGGCACCUCUCACAAAUAUCUGCCAAAACCACCCGUCAUUCCCGAGGCGUCUAUCAAGAUGAUUGUUCAUGUGCUUACUACUGGCGAAUGCUCAAGUCGUACUUUCCAAUAUACUUUGAACGUCAUAUCGCAUCUUUCAGCUUUGGAUGGCGCUCAACAGGUGAUCACGAAAGAGCUGGUUGCGGACGCAAGUCAAUCUGGAGUGCAAAUUCGCGAGGACUUGAAGGAACUUCAUGCCGUCAUGGAAAACACAAUGUCUGGUGUAGAUAUCCAGGGAACUACUCUAACCAAGUUUUCACCAGCCUCUUCCCAGCAAGCCAAAUUGUUACGUGUGCUAAAAACCAUCGAUUACAUGUAUUCACGAAAACAGAACUUGGAGGCAAAGUCAAAGGAUGCUACUGAUUUGGUCCAAAAGAACGAAGAGCGCAUCUUGAAGAUUUACGACGAACUCGAAUUUGGUCCGAUGUGGCGACUUUUGGGCUCUUGCUUAUCUGUUGUACACGAGAAAGAAGAAAUGAUCAAUGUUGCCACGGUGCUUUUACCUCUUAUCGAAGCUUUCAUGGUUGUCUCCAAAUAUGUUGCUGAGAAGGGAUCUCAAAAGGCUCUCGCCACAGCGUCCACUACCCCAUCUGUAGAAAUACCUAUUCCGGAUGCUUUUGAAGAGGAGUUCUUCUUCAGAUUUACUGAAGAUCACAAGAAAAUCCUUAAUAUUAUGGUUCGCAACAAUCCAUCCUUGAUGAGUGGCUCCUUCUCUCUGCUCGUCAAGAACCCCAAGAUGCUGGAGUUUGAUAACAAGCGCAACUACUUUAAUCAACAACUACACAAGCGUACCAACCGUGAUCAUUACCCCUCUUUGCAACUCAACGUGCGUAGACAAUACGUAUUUGAGGAUUCUUAUCAUCAAUUACAAGGUCGUAGCGGUGAUGAAAUCAAGUUUGGAAAGUUGACUGUUCGCUUCUACGAUGAAGAAGGUGUAGAUGCCGGUGGUGUGUCUCGAGAAUGGUUUUCUGUUCUGGCUCGACAAAUGUUUGAUCCAAAUUACGCCUUGUUCAAAACAUCCGCUGCCGACAAACUUACCUACCAACCCAAUCGUGCAUCGUGGGCCAAUCCCGAUCAUCUUUCCUUCUUCAAAUUUGUUGGGCGUGUUAUCGGUAAAGCUAUUUAUGAUGGUCGCCUAUUGGAUGCUUAUUUCACUCGAUCUUUCUAUAAGCAUAUUCUUGGACGUGCAGUCGAUUACCGAGAUGUAGAAGCAAUCGACCCAGAGUAUUACAAGAGUUUGGUCUGGAUGUUGGAGAACGACAUUACCGAUAUCAUUGAUUUGACGUUCAGCGUGGAAACGGAUGAUUUUGGUAAUAAGAAGGAGAUCGAUUUGUUGCCAAAUGGACGUGAUAUACCCGUCACGGAAGAAAAUAAGCAAGAAUAUGUCAAGCUCAUUACCGAACAAAAGCUCACUGUGGCCAUUAAAGACCAAAUCAACGCUUUCCUCGAUGGAUUCCACGAUAUCAUUUCUGAACAACUCAUCAGCAUUUUUAAUGAACAAGAACUGGAAUUACUCAUUUCUGGCAUGCCAGAUAUCGAUAUAGACGACUGGAAAAACAAUACUGAAUAUCAAGGCUACUCACAGGCUUCACCUCAAAUCAACUGGUUCUGGAGAGCGGUUCGCAGCUUUGAUCAAGAAGAGCGUGCCAAAUUGUUACAAUUUGCUACAGGUACUUCCAAGGUUCCACUUGAAGGAUUUGCUCACCUCCAAGGGUCCGGUGGUACUCAAAAGUUCCAGAUCCAUUGUCAAUACUCCACCAACCGACUUCCCAGUGCUCACACCUGCUUUAAUCAAGUCGACCUUCCUCAGUACGAAUCGUAUGAAGGACUUCGGGCUAAUCUCUUAACGGCCAUAAGAGAAUGCUCUACAGGAUUUGGAUUUGGAUAGAUAAAGUAGUUAACAACUCGCUUUUUAUUUUACAUCAUUUUUCUUCCCUGUGUUUUGCUUUGUUUUCUUCUUCGUCAAUAACUGUACCAUGCUUCCUUUACCCGUUCUUUCUACAUGUCACCAACACCUCACUUUUUUAUUUUAUUUUUCUCAAAAUUGCAAUUCAAACUGUUCCUA